GAGGACUCCAUGUUUUCAGUGUUUUUAAAUAAUGACUUGGAUUGUGAAAGUCAGUGGAAUGUUCUCAUGAAGUCAUACAUAACUGGUGCUAUUGUAGUGAUUUUGUCCUGGAUUUGAUGUGGUUUUCAUGGUGCUGUUUGGCCAGUUCCCCAGGAUCCAUUCUUUAGGAUCAGACUGGCUUCCAGUGUAAACUGUCAGCUGCUGAAUUUCAUGUUCUCCCCUUUGGGUAUAGGUGUGUCCAUGUGGGGUAUUUAACCUGCUUAAUGAGUGAGUUUCAGUUUUUAUAAAUAUGUUUUAUCCUGGGGCGUGGGUUGGGCUGUCUUUUGCCUAAUUUUAUUGGAUCUAGGUCUUGCACAUUCAAACUCAAUAGCCAGCUUCCACCACAAAGACACUUAUGACUCUUUGAUCAUAAUCUCUCCUCUUUUUUUAAGUGUAUUCAGUCAUCUUCUUUUUCAUCCUUCCUUCCAAACUUUAAUUUUUUUACUUGGAGAGAUUUCAAACAGCUCUUAGGUUCUGGAUGUAGACAGAGCAGGAUUUACUUGCCCCUAUAACGGUAGGUGUGUUUGUCAGUGUUUGGUAAGUCUGUGUGCAAGGCAAAUCUUUAUGGGAAAAUGCUUUGAGAGAGUUUGGAAGUUUUCUUGGUUUUGCACGAAAAAUGAAGGUAGAGAAGGUGUUUCAGAGCAGGCUAACACAGUGAGAUGGCUCUCAGCUCAUGGGGUGUUUCUCAGAGGUGUCUGCUGUUGGGUUUCCACUCUCCGCUGUCAAACUUUCCCUAAGGUCUGUCAUUUUUGUCACACAGAUAUGUAUGUAUUUCCUUGGAAGUGGGCUGGGGCUCGGCCUUCAGCCAGGUUUUGGGUGGAGGGCACUUGUGAGUCGUUUCAGCUCUUGCUGAGCUGACAGUUCUACCCAUCCUUUAAUACUGCUGGAUAUUUUUACUGGAGUGAUUCAGAUGCCUGAAGGUUGCCGGUAUUCCUGUACCUUUAAGAUGAGCCUCCCCUUUAAAAGCAGUGUUCAUUUCUCACCCGGCCAAAUACAAAGCUGCUAGUGAACAAUGAGACGUAUGUAACCACUCCAGUGAGAGAGAAUUCAUUGAUGCCCAGAUCUGGGGUGUCCAUAAUUUGUCCUCGAACAAAGAACAACAAAAUACAGCCACUGGGAGAGAGAGGCAGGGCGAUGAAGAAUAGAGGACAGUUUCACCCUUAAAAAAGGUGGACUGUGGAGCAGAAGAAAGAUUUCAGGGUUCCUGCUUGUUAUCCAUCAUGCAUUGCGGUCUUCUGGAGGCUGAGGGGGCUUCGGGGCAGGAGGACUCCGACUUCAACUGGGAGGAGUACCUUGAGGAGCAGGGGGCUUCUGCUGUGCCCCACUCUGCCUUCAAACAUGUGGACCUGGGCUUGCAGAGCGGACUCAGCCCUGGCAUGAAGCUGGAGGUGCCCCUGCGUGACUCACCUGACACCUACUGGGUGGCCACCAUCAUCACCACCUGUGGCCAGCUGCUGCUGCUGCGCUACGAGGGCUUCCAUGAUGACCGCAGAGCCGACUUCUGGUGUGACAUCAUGACCGCAGACCUGCAUCCCAUUGGCUGGAGCCAGCAGCAGGGCCGGCCUAUGAAGCCACCAGAGGGCAUCCGAGAGAAACAUGAGCACUGGGAGACUCUUCUGGAAAAUGUGCUGUCAGAAACCUGCAGCGUGCCUGCCAACCUGCUGGAUGGGCCUCACCGUGGGAAGAACCCACUGGAUCUGCUGGCACCGGGGGCCAGUGUGGAGCUGCAGGACCCGGCUGAUACCGCUGCUGCCUGGGGGGCUACCAUCGAGGACAAUGUGGGGGGGAGGCUGUGCCUCCGUUAUGCCGGCACCGAGGAGAUGGCCCCCACACAUGGCAAGAUCUGGCUCUUUUACCUGCACCCGCUGCUGCACCCACCCGGCUGGGCCAAAGAGCAUGGCUGCGUCCUCAUUCCCCCUGCUGUUAUCCGAGACGUUCAGAGCGAUGCAAAGUGGGAUGAAGUUCGGCAGCAACUCAGCAACCAGAUGCAUGAUGGGACGGUGGUUGAGGGGCUGAAGCUCAAGGAUAAGAUAGCCACCUCGGUCCAUUGCUUCACUGAGGGGAUGAAGCUAGAAGCUAUAGAUCCAACUGCUCCUUUCCACAUCUGCCCCGCCACCGUCACCAAGGUGUUUACCAGCAUGUACUUUCUGGUGGAGAUGGAUGAUCUGAGGGGGAAUUCCAGUGGGAGAGGUGGAGGCCCCGCCUUCCUGUGCCACCGGGACAGCGUAGGGAUUCUGCCCGUGCAGUGGAGUCUCAAGAACGGCAUCCAGCUAACCUCCCCACCAGGGCACCAAGGGCAGGACUUUGACUGGGCUGACUACCUGAAACAAUGUGGGACAGAGGCUGCACCCCAGCACUGCUUUCCAUUGAAGUCAUCGGUUCAUAGCUUCAGGGAAUCCAUGAAACUGGAGGCUGUGAACCCUCUAUCCCCCGAGCACAUCCACGUGGCAACCGUCGUCAAGGUCAGAGGUCAAUACAUCUGGCUGAACCUGGAAGGGCUAAAGGAAUCUCUUCCAGAGGUGAUCGUCCAUGUUGACUCCAUGGACAUCUUCCCGGUCAGCUGGUGUGAGACCAACGGGUACCCUCUCCAGCACACCCGCAAACCCAAAGCUUUGAGGCAGAGGAGAGUGGCUGUGGUUCAACCGGAGAAGCACAGGGAUCUACCCAAAGCCUCACCUUCAAAUGCACCUAGGCAUCAGGCACGCAGCCAGUCGGAGUAUGUGGGACAGAACAAUGGGAAGUACAGCUGCCCCAAGAUCUACUUUAACCAUCGGUGCUUUUCUGGGCCUUACCUGAAUAAGGGCCGCAUCGCCGAGCUGCCACAGUGCGUGGGACCCGGCAGCUGCAUCCUGGUGCUGAAAGAGGUGCUGACGCUCUUAAUCAACACAGCCUACAAGCCCAGCCGGGUGCUGAGGGAGCUGCAGCUGAAUGAGGACAUGCGAUGGCAGGGGCACCGAGAGACACUCAAGGCCAAGUACAGGGGCAAGAGCUACCGGGCCACAGUGGAACUGGUGAGGACAGCAGACCAAGUGGCCGAGUUCUGCCGGAGGACCUGCAUGAAGCUGGAGUGUUGCCCCAAUUUGUUUGGACCGCUCAUGGUUCUGGAGCGCUGCUCGGAAAACUGCGCCGUUCUCACCAAGACCAAAUACACACAUUACUACGGUAAGAAGAGCAAGCAGGUGGGGCGGCCACCAGGGGGGCAAACCAAUCUGAAGGGUGGAGUGAAGAGAGCAGGAAGACGGAGGAAGAAGAGGAAGCACUGCUUCGUUCACAAGAAGAAACGGUCGUCGGCUUCUGUUGACACGUCCCCGGGUGGCUCUCCGCAGGCUAGUGGUGAAGAUGAGGAUGACCUGGAUGAGGAAGAUUCCCUGAGCGAAGACUCCAGUUCAGAGCUGCUGGAUGACUCUGAGCAGUCAGAGUGGAAAUCCCAGCCCGUGUCGCCAACGCCAGUGGAGACGCCUCCCCACCGACGCCGUCGUCGGCAGACCCACUCACCGGCUUGCUUCCACGAUGAGAACCAGCCCCCUGUUACAAAGAAGCUGUGUUUGGACAGCAGCCCCUUGGAAUGGAGUGUGGCAGAUGUGGUGCGUUUCAUUCGCACUACUGACUGUGCUCCACUUGCACGCAUCUUCUUUGAUCAGGAGAUUGACGGGCAGGCCCUGCUGCUGCUGACGCUCUCUACUGUGCAGGAGUGCAUGGACCUGAAGCUGGGGCCGGCAGUCAGGUUAUGCCACCACAUCGAACGGGUCAAGCUAGCCUUCUACCAGCAGUAUGCAGACUGAGGUGCCCUCAGAGCCGCACAGCCUGGCUAUGUGGCCUGCCCUGCCAAGCCCCACAUCCACUCCAGCUGGAGUCAUUGUCGUUUGAUGUAUAUUGUAAAUAUUUUAUUUGCCAUUUUGCAUUACCACAAACACUUGUUGAGGUGCGGCGGGGAUGAUUUGGCGGCCAUUAGCUGACAGAUGCAAUAAUGCAAGCACAAGAAGACUGGGGAACAGGAUCUCGCUUCCUGGAUCAUUAUUUGUACUAUGUGGAGUAUACAUUGGGGUGUGUGUGUAUAUGUGUGUGUGUGUUGAAGAGUUAAAGAACUUCCUCACAUAGGAAAAAGCAGUACACCUAAAAUUGUUGGUUUUGAUUUUUGCACAGCCAUUAGAUAUAGUGACUGAAAAAGUACUUCCGACAUCAUGCUUGCCGGUUAACAUAAUCUGACGGACUCUAUUGCUUUAAUCAUAAAUUACAGUGCUUGCCCAGAUUGCUUCAGUAAACAUCUCGACAAAAGUGUUGCUUUUUAAUAAAAAUGUUUGCUAAGCAAAUCAAUAAUUAUCUUCACUCCAUCAGUCAUGUUUUUGCCUGUUACUUUGGCAUUAUUGGAAAUUUUUGAUUGUAGUACUAUUUUAGCCUUAAAUAUUUGCUUUCAUAGUGAAAUUUACAUGGCUUCUUGCCAGUAAGAUUUCUUGCUAAUAUCUUGCAUGUCAGAGGGCCAGUUUUGGAAUGGCCAUGAAUGUGGUAGUGUUCACCUACAUUACGCACUUCUGAUUUUUAAUGAUGCAUGACCGACACCAGGAACGUAUUUGCCUUUGCAUUAAACCUGAAUCUCAUAAAACAGUGGUUCCCAGACCCUUCCUUGAAGAGACAUUCAAAUCAUUUGCUCUUUUCAAGCCCAUAAUUAAUCUUCAAAAAUGUUUGGAAUGACAGGGGGAGAGGUCUGGGUCCUGUAUCAGGCCGCUAGCCUGUCGCGACUUCGGAAUAGGCUGGCUUCUAUUUUCGCUGAAGCUCUUUUUUAAAACUUCCGGAGCUAUAUUGCAUUUUUUGUAUAGUGAGUUGACCUGCCUAGUAUUUCAGCUGGAAGUUCUUGAGAUAAUCCAAUCUGAGGACAGGAACUGGGUGUAGACUGGGCCUGGCUCUGGAAUGUGAAAUAUCCCCGCAGUUGUGCCUUCUUCCAAAGAUGAGCUGUGUAUAUUAACAGGUGCUCUGGAAAUGGAAAAGGCAGAAAAUGGAAAAUGUAGAUUUGAAGAGCCUCUCUGACUCCUCAAGCCUGUCAUAUGAUAUCAGUACUGAAAAAUCCUCAACAGCUAUAUGAAUUGUUGAAUUUAGUGCCAUGUAAAUUUAUUUGUAUGUACAUUUGUGGAAAAUGGGUAUUUAAAAGCUAACACUUGCAAGGCGGGCUAAAGUAUUUUCAAAUUAACAUUAAUAUGUGGUUCUUUUUUUUUACUUUUAAUUUUAAGACGUGCUCAAUCUGUAUAUAGUGUGGAAGGAACAAUGUGAGACAUUGUCAUGCUGUACCUGUCUGGCAGAAGUGUGAACUAACUGCAUACAAGUAAAAUCUCUUUGCUCAUUUUUGUCACUGUUGUUUGGAUAAAGCAUGUGUGUUGCAUUUAAAGCCGGAAUGUGGGAGACCAAGGUUAUCAAUGAAAUACCACACCAUGCCACCCUUUUGUUACAGGUCCCGCUUUGGAAAUUUCCCUGAUUUAUUUUUAUUUAUUUAUUUUAAAAUUAUGUUUAAUAACAGAGAUGUUCUAUUCCCACAAAUUUUAAGCUUUGGUUAAGAACAUUGUUAGAGGGUGAAUGGGGCUUUUGGUUAAAUUUAAUUUUCUGUAAAUUAAAUAUUAAUUUCAUGGAUAAAUAAAAGAUGAGUCUAUUCACCCAUUAUUAAAA